AUGGCCUCCUGCUUGUGCUACCUUUGCGCCCACCCGGACUGCAAGGCCAAGCUGUUGAAGGAGAUCGAUGAGGUGGUAGGAGACGAUCAGAUCCGAUGGGAGCAUUUGAGCCAGAUGCCUUACCUGGACUGGUGCAUCAAGGAGACCAUGCGCCUGGUGCCGCCUGCCGUUGGCUUCAUGCGGCAGGCCCGUGGGCCGCAGCUCUUGGGGAAGAAGUGGCGGAUCGAUGCGGGCAUGCCGGUGAUCGUGAACGCAGCUUGGUCGAGCGAGCGAAAGUGGGAUCCCAAAAGGGGCAGGGUGUGGUUUGCUUACAUCCCCUUUGCUGUGGGACCUCGCGCGUGCAUCGGGCGCGAGUUCACGGUGGUAGAGCAGAAGGUGACCAUGGUGACGCUCUUCCAGCACUUCGACUUCCAACGGCCGAAGGAGGUGCAGGUGCCUGAGGGCUACAAGACAGUGCGGCAGGCCGAGGCGAAGUCGCUUGGUGUGGGUUGUGGUGGAGUGAAGCCGGAAUACCUCCACAUUUUGAGGUUUGUUUAUGUCUACUUCAUGCUGGGCGCGGCCGAGAUCAGCCCCGGCAAGGCAGAACCGGAGAUUUGUCCGCGGAGCGUUCCUUUGGCGCAGCUAGCGGUGCCCGAAGACUUGGAGUGUCAGAAGGGCCCCCAUGCGGCGGUCUGGUCCAACGUGAAGAAGAGCUUUCGCGCGCUGCUUGAGGACACUCCUGGGGCCUUGAUCCCGGAGGCCCAAGUGAAGACCGCGGUGGACCAGGCCAUCGCGCAGGUGAAGGUUUGCUUAGUCUCAGAUCCCUUCGCGGUGGCACAGACGGUGCAAAGCGCAGGGGAGGCCUUUGCUUCCCCGGUGCUCACCUUGUUGCUGGACAUCCCGUGGGUGGCCACUGCUUUGUCCGGAUGGCCUCUCUUCGGCCUUCUUGCACAAGUGAGCUUGCGGAAGGCCCGGACUUCCCGGACCUAA